GACAUGCAGAAGAGAAGGAAGCCGGAGCCGAUCCAACUCAACCCCAUCCCUGAUGGGAACAUCAUCAACGGCGCUGAAGCCACAGAAACAAACUUGGAGGCCCUGCAGAAGAAGCUGGAGGAGCUGGAGUUGGAUGAGCAGCAACGCAAGCGCCUUGAAGCUUUUCUGACGCAGAAGCAGAAAGUGGGAGAGUUAAAGGAUGACGACUUUGAGAAAAUAUGCGAACUUGGCGCAGGCAACGGAGGAGUGGUCUUCAAGGUGUCUCACAGACCUUCUGGUCUGAUCAUGGCCAGGAAGCUCAUCCACUUGGAGAUCAAACCUGCCAUCAGGAACCAGAUAAUCAGGGAGCUUCAGGUGCUGCAUGAAUGCAACUCUCCGUACAUUGUGGGCUUCUAUGGAGCUUUCUACAGCGAUGGAGAAAUUAGCAUCUGCAUGGAACACAUGGAUGGUGGCUCUUUAGAUCAAUCACUUAAAAAGGCUGGAAAGAUCCCAGAGCAGAUCCUGUGCAAAAUCAGUAUUGCGGUCAUUAAGGGUCUUUCCUACCUGAGGGAGAAACACAAGAUCAUGCACAGAGAUGUCAAGCCUUCCAACGUCCUAGUCAAUUCCCGUGGUGAGAUCAAGCUGUGUGACUUUGGAGUUAGUGGACAGCUCAUUGACUCCAUGGCCAACUCCUUCGUGGGCACACGCUCUUACAUGUCUCCAGAGCGUUUGCAGGGCACCAAUUACUCGGUUCAGUCAGACAUUUGGAGCAUGGGUCUGUCCCUGGUUGAAAUGGCCAUCGGACGUUUCCCUAUCCCUCCACCUGACACUAAGGAGUUAGAACAGAUUUUCGGGACUGCAGUGGACGGAGGAAACUCUGAAGUGUCCUCACCCAAGGCUCACCUGCCCGGACGGCCGAGCAGCUGUCAUGGAGCAGACAACAGGCCUCCAAUGGCCAUCUUUGAACUACUCGAUUACAUAGUCAACGAAUCUCCACCUCAGCUGCCUGGGCUAUUUAGUUCUGAAUUCCAGGACUUUGUCAAUAAAUGCUUGAUAAAGAACCCGGCUGAGAGGGCAGACCUUAAACAGUUGAUGGCUCAUCCUUUUCUUAGACAGUCUGAGGCACAGCAGGUAGAUUUUGCCGGCUGGUUGUGCAGCACCAUUGGACUCAAAAAGCCUGGCACACCCACUCACGGCUCAGCAAUGUGAAUGGCGCAUCGCAUCCGGACAGUAUUCAGAUCGCUUCACUUUUUCCACAUUUUGUUAUGUUACAGCCUUUUAUUUUAUUUUUAAUUUGCAAAUGUUUUACAACUAAAUAGAACUACAGCUUCAAGUCUUUACUGGAUGAAAACUAACAAUUCCCACCCAAUCUGACGGAGCUUGCUGCAACGAGGAAUGGGCGAAACUCCCCAAUGAUAAGUGUGCCAAGCUUGUGGCAUCGUAUUCAAAAAAGCGAGCGUGUAAUUUCUGCCAAAGGUGCAUCAAGAAAGUAUUGAGCAAAGGCUGUGAAUACCGUAUUUUCCGCACCAUAAGCCGCCCUGGGUUAUAAGCCGCGCCUUCAAUGAACGGCAUAUUUCAAAACGUUGUCCACCUAUAAGCCGCCCCGUGUUAUAAGCCGCAUCUAACUGCGCUAAAGGAAUGUCAAAAAAACAGUCAGAUAGGUCAGUCAAACUUUAAUAAUAUAUUAAAAACCAGCGUGAUGUGGGCGCGCAUGGAGUCGUAUAUCAACAUGGACGGAGCUGCGUGAAAAAAGCCACCCGGCCUCUUCGCGUAAACUUACCUUAACCACUCGCUCAUCUUUUCUUCAUCCAUCCAUCCCUU